AUGAAUAGGACUUUUGAAGUGAUUAUAGUUUGUUAUGUUUGUUUUAUUGUUUUUAUUUUUAUUGACUUUGGUGAGGCUAAUCAAACACAAAAGUUGAGUAGACCAAGAAGAUAUUUAAGUUUCCAAAACAUUUCGAGAUUUUUCGUGCGGUUAAACUUCAAAGCAAACAUGGUGCCGUUCACCCAGAUCUUCGCUCAGGCUCUGGGUUUCCGAAUGAACUGGGACGAGCCGCCUGACUCCUUCCGUCCACACAAACACCUGAGUCGAAGAGCUGCUUAUAACAAUUUGGAGAUAUUGUUGAACAGAAACGCUCUAGAUGGCUUCCAAUGCAUUCGCCGAGCUAUUUGUGAAAUUGAGGAAAUAAGUCAACCACAAUCCAUAUACUUCAAAAUUCUGAAAAUAAUAUUCAGAAAUCAUUCAUCGGCAACGGACAAAUGGCACAAAUACACAUCGGAAGACUGCCAGUUAUCAAUCAACAGAUGCCCUUUCUCCAUGCUGGAUGUUUCCCCAUACACCGAUCUUUAG